GCGAAUAUAUACGCAGUACACGACUGUGGUCGUCGUCUACAGUGCCGACGAGACAGCUGAUCGGGAGGUUAACCAGUCAGAGAAAAAUCUGCUGCGCAACAGAUAAUCAACACAGUCAAGGGACAGAGAAGAAAAGCGAUCAUCAUGUCAAUGACAGUGAAGGCUUACCUCCUUGGGAAGGAGGACACCCACAGGGAGAUCCGCCGCUUCGCCGUGGACCAGGAUGUCUCCACCAGCUUCGAGUACCUCAGCCGAAAGGUGGUCGACGUUUUCCAAAGCUUGCGGCACACCACCUUUCAGAUGUACUACAAAGAUGAGGAUGGAGAUAUGAUCGCCUUUUCUUCUGAUGAUGAGCUCAUGAUGGGGCUGUCCUGCAUUAAGGAUGACACUUUCCGUCUCUUUAUCAAAGAGAGGAAGGAGCACAAGCGGGACUUUCUCCAUGGAUCUCAGGGACCUGCUCCUUUCCCUCCUAUGCACCCCCAUAUGCCCCCUGGACCCCCUCAUAUGCCUCCACCCCCACACGCCAUGGUGCACCCCAAUGUGACAUGCGAUGGUUGUGAAGGCCCAGUAGUGGGGACACGCUUCAAGUGCACAGUGUGUCCUGACUAUGACCUGUGCACCCCCUGCCAGGCCAAGGGGCUGCACAAGGAGCACACCUUGCUGCCCAUCUGGCACCCAUUCAACAACAUGUUUGAGUGGUUUCCUCGUGGGAAGUGGCUGCGCAAGAUGAGACACGGGUUCCCCCACUGCAUGUGGGCAGCCCAGGCUCAUGCUCAAAGCCAGGACCAGGACCAGGCCCAGGCCCAGGCCCAGACCCAAAACCAACCCCAACCUGGACCAUCUGGAGAGUCUUCUGCACCAAGCACCCCACAGCCAGCCCCAGGAGACAACCAGCAUGCUUCCAGCCAAGCCAACAUGGAAUACCUGAAGAACAUUGGAGAAGGUGUGGCAGCCAUGCUGAGUCCUCUUGGCAUCGAUGUGGACAUCGAUGUAGAGCAUGAUGGGAAAAGGACCAAAGUGAACCCAACACCACCUGCCUCUGGGGGCCCCUCCAGCAUGCAGUCAGCUGGUGGGACAAAUGGAAAUGAGGGGCAGGAGGACCCAGAUAACAAUGGGACCAAGCAGAGUGGCAAGGACCAGUGUAUGGAUGAAGAAUGGACCCAUCUCAGCUCCAAAGAGGUAGACCCUUCUACUGGGGAACUGCAGUCCAUGAGGAUGGAUGUUGAAGACCCAUACCCACAGUCCCUUAGUGCCUCUGCACCCACUCCCACUGGUCUGAGGGAGGCAGCAAUGUACCCCCAUCUGCCCCAAGAUGCUGACCCACGCCUGGUGGAGUCCCUAGCCCAGAUGCUGUCCAUGGGCUUCACAGAUGAGGGUGGCUGGCUCACAAGACUCCUCCAGACCAAGAACUAUGACAUUGGGGGAGCACUGGACACUAUCCACUAUGGCAAGCCAAAAGGGUCCAAGAAAUAGGUCCUGGAGACCAUUGCUAGUGGCUUCUGCUUAUCCACAGUUAAAAUGUUUCCUCUUGGCUUCUAGCAACUUAAUUCAUUACUGUAUGACUUUAUAGCUUCACAUUAACAGGAGGAUAUUAACCAUUUCACUUUCAAGAGCUGUAGCCAUAUGAUAUCUUUUGAUUCAUGGUAAAGGUUAUAUAGCAGUUUCUUUAAAUUAGCAAGGAAUAUAAGCCAAGAAAGAACAGGGUAAGACUGUAAGUGGUAAAAGAACUUUGCACUGGCCCAGUAAUAAGACCUGGUGAAACUUGCUCUAGAGUUCGCAGGGACGGGCAGCAUGAUUGUCUAAUGGUAUGUUCUGUUCCUGUAAUGUCAUGAUUUAAGUCUUUUUGUCCUCUCGAAUAAAAAUACUUACAAAGCAGUAGUGUAUUUCUUUGAUU